UAUUCCAAUAUUUAGAUUUAAGGUAGUACUUUAGUAUUCAUAUAAAAUAAGUAUAACAUGGCGAAGUUUUUAUGUAAGAUUUGGAAUGCCGAUAGAUCAAAGAAAAAGGCAUUCAUGUGCGAAGGUUCAAUCGAUCUCGUUAUAAAAAAAGCAAAAGAGUACUCUCUUGAUGGAAGCAGAUUUGUUUUGGAAAGCGACGGAACUGAAAUAGAUGAUGACGAGACCUUGCAAUGUAUUUUAGAGGACAAACAAAUUUUAAUGAUUUUAAAAUUCGAGGAAAUGUGGACCCCCAACAAUAUUUUGCCGAUUCCAAUAGAAAAUAUUGAGCAGACCAAACCAAACAAUGACAUCACAACAGAAAAUUCACAAUCUAUAGUAAACAUCCCAACGUCAUCCCAAGAAAUAAGCGGUGAAAGCUUCUACAUAGCUCUAUCAUCAGAUGUAGGCCAACAUUUAGUUGAAGUACCAUUAACUGAGUUCACAGACACCAUAAAUAUAACAUCUGAUGAAGAGUUAAUGGCAUCAGGUAGUGCAACGGAUGAACUCAACACUUUAGUGACCAAGAAUAAUCCAAUUUGCGAUAGCUUUCAAGGUUUUCAAAUACCUUGGAACAGGAUGUCUCCAGAAGUGUUGUCACAGCUUAAUAAUAAGGAAAAAAUUGGAAAGCUAAUAAAUUCAUUUUGCAAUGUAAUUGUCGAUGAAUUACGUAGAAAAACAAAUUUUAUUCCGAUGAAUGUCUACAGGAAUGUUGCGCAUAUGGCUGCCACGAAAUACCCAGAAUCAUUUGUUGAAAAAGAUGGAGAAGGACGGGUUAUGUCAUACACUCCAAUAUCACUCGUUACAACCAUGAGAAACCGAAACAAUUUUUUGAAUUAUAGCUCAAAAAAGAAGAUUAAUGUGAUGGGCAUACCGCUAACUAAAAGAAAACGUUUAAGUGCACUAUCUAGGAGCUGUGCACAUUGGCAACCAGAUAUUUCUAGAGAAAACUAUAAAGAUGUGGACUAUAAAAAACAAAUUUUAAUUUCAAUGCACCACAAAAAAAAAUUACUAAAAUCAGAGUUGGAGUCCGCAAAAUCAUUAAUGUCCGACUGUUUUGCCACGCAACGUGCAUAUUUUAAUGAUGCACAAAAUAUACCCACUGUGCGAGACAUUUUGCAGAACUGGCCAAUGAUAUUCAACAAGGAAUGUUUAUUUGGCCACUUUGAAAAGUUAAUGGAUUUAGAUAUCCGAACAUUCAAGUCUAAUUUUGAAAAAUCCCGAAGCAAGUUUCGAAAUUUUUUUAGGAUUGAACAUACAGAAGAAGAUGACAAUAUUAUUAUAAAGGCAAUAUGUGGUUAUUUUAAUGAAAUAGGUGCAUUGCUUUUUAAAGAAUUUAAGUUCGGUACUACAAUUGAUACAAUUCGAGAUGCAAACGAAACGGUCACUCCAUGGGCUUCCAUAAUUUGUACAUCCCCUACAGACGACGAGAAACAAUCUAUUGCAUAUGUCUGGUUUGAAGGGGAAUUGACAAGUAUUGAACCCAAUAGCGACAUUAUAACGUUAAUAUUGCAGAUAUUGUGCUACUAUUAUAUAUUCAAUAUAGAAUACCCAAAAAAUAUUUCGCAAACAUGCGAAUUUUUUAUGCGAUAUUUUUUUAAAUUUUAUCCUUCGCAAUGUAGAGGCCAAAAAAAGAACAUUAAUAAUUUAAAAAGAAUAGUCAGCCUUAUGCAAAAAUUAGAUUGCAUUAAGUAAGCAUAUUUACUAUUAUAUAUUUAAUAUUUAAGUGACAUCUACAAUUUACUUCCUAAUUAUUUUUAACCAGUUUUUUUUUUAACAGCCUUACGCAGAAUCUAUAUUAUAUUGUCAAAGCCAUGUACAUGGUUCUAAGUUAUAUGUAUUAAUUUAAUGCAUUCCAAAGUGUAAUUUU